CAUCUCUCUCUCUCCCUACUGUCAAGUGGUUUACACGUAUUUUUUGCUCACGCGCAGAGCACAGACAUUCGUGCUCUCCACGAAGAUCGUGCACAGACCUAAAAGGGAAAAACAAAAAAAACAAGAAGAAGAAGAAGAACAAGAAAGCAUGGGCUUUUGCUUCUCACCGGCUUCAAGAUCCGUCUCUAUGUUCCCCAACGUGAGCGUCUUGCUCGUCUUGUUGCUCUCUUGCAGCUUCUUCGCUUCCACAGAAGCUUAUGAUGCUCUUGACCCAAAUGGGAACAUCACGAUCAAAUGGGAUAUCAUGAGCUGGACUCCUGAUGGCUAUGUUGCUGUUGUAACGAUCUUCAACUUCCAGCAGUAUCGUCACAUCCAAGCUCCCGGAUGGUCUCUGGGAUGGACAUGGGCGAAGAAGGAGGUAAUAUGGAGCAUGAGUGGUGGCCAAACGAUAGAGCAGGGGGAUUGUUCCAGAUACAAAGGGAAUAUACCCCAUUGCUGCAAAAGGAAUCCUACAGUUGUAGAUUUGCUGCCGGGAACUCCUUACAACCUACAAAUCGCCAACUGCUGCAAAGGAGGAGUCAUUAGCUCGUGGGUUCAAGAUCCUGCAAACGCAGUGAGCGCGUUUCAGCUGAGUGUGGGGUCUGCUGGAACCACGAACAAAACAGUCAGACUGCCUAAGAACUUCACUCUUAAAGCACCAGGGCCUGGUUAUACUUGUGGGCCUGCUAAAAUAGUUAAACCUACUAAAUUUGCUACCCCGGACAAAAGGAGAGUUACCCAAGCACUAAUGACAUGGAAUGUUACAUGCACAUAUUCACAGUUCCUGGCCCAAAAAACUCCUACUUGCUGUGUCUCACUGUCAUCAUUUUACAACGACACUGUGGUAUCCUGCCCAACAUGUGCUUGUGGAUGCCAGAACAAUGCUACUAUGCCUGGGAGCUGUGUGGAGCCAAACUCGCCAUAUUUAGCUUCAGUUGUUUCAAACGCUGGAAGGAACAAUCCUCUCGUUCGAUGCACGAGUCAUAUGUGCCCAAUCAGAGUGCACUGGCAUAUUAAACUCAAUUACAAGGAGUACUGGAGGGUUAAGGUCACAAUUACGAAUUUCAACUACAAUAUGAACUACAGUCAGUGGAACUUAGUGGCUCAGCAUCCGAACUUUGACAAUCUGACGCAGAGUUUCAGCUUUUACCACGAGCCAUUGAUGCCAUAUGGAACAAUAAAUGAUACUGCCAUGUUGUGGGGAAUCAAGUUCUAUAAUGAUCUGCUUAUGGAAGCUGGCCCUUCUGGCAAUGUUCAGUCAGAACUUCUAUUUAGAAAGGAUGCAUCAACUUUUACCUUUGAGAAGGGCUGGGCUUUCCCGAGAAGGAUCUAUUUCAAUGGGGAUAACUGUGUGAUGCCUCCUCCGGAUGCCUAUCCAUGGCUGCCAAAUGCAAGUAUUCGAUGGGGUGUCUCGAGAUUUAGCCUAGGAUUGAUCUUAUUGGUGCUGGUACUUCACUCGGGGCUAUUUUAAAGGACUAAUUGACGUGGGCAGAUUCUUACUCUGCUGAUCCAAUUUUUGACCUCACAAGAUUGAUGGCGGAAUCUACGGUUAGAUGAUGAUUUUCAUUCCAGGGGCCGACGUCAUCAAGUGAUCAGAUGGCCUUAAGGUGCAUUGUCACUUUCCCAGAGGCCAACAUCGUUUCCUUUUACAUUUUGAUACCAAACUGAUGAGUCCAAAACUUAUUCUGUACUUCACCUUAUAUUUGUAAAAUGUCUUGCUGUCAAGUUGGUGUUACCUACUAGUAACAGCGAUGUCAAGUGAGAUCUAAUGCAUUACAGUUUGCGUUUCCUGUA